AUGCCAACCUCAGCACGACCGAUAGUCAUUCCAUACAGAACCCAGAGACACCGUACCACGGAUGAUCAGCUGUACGGACAUAUCUCGAAUACUGUGGUCCCCUCCACGCUCGCCGCUGCCCUAUCGCAUCGGCCAUGGACAGCAUGGGAUGCUGCCCUGGUUCGUAUGCGAAGCUGCGGGAAAGUUUGGAACGAAAUCAGGCAGAGUAUGCAUCCGAGGUACGCUGCGGGCUGUUUUGUGCGUUGCGCGUAUCUAGAGAACUAUAUGGAGGACCGUCGGUCAACAUUUAGUGAUAACAAAUCGGCUGCCGACGCAUGCAACGAGACGCAGGUUGAACUACUGCAGUAA